CCCCUGACGGAAUGCACAGCGCCCAUAUUGUGGCCGACAUUUUCGCGCCGCUUCUGGCAAGGGCCAGGCGGUUCUGUAUAGACACGCGCAGGCAAGAGUUCCAAGUCCGUCCGCAGGCUUCCGAUGACGAUCGUCCUCGCUUCCUCUGUCUCCCCCUGGUCCUCUUCCCUCCCCAGUCUCGAGGAGGGGCUCUUUGCGAGUGCUCGGACUGGCACCGCAAUCCGGACACGGGUCGGAGAUGUUCAGGUUUCCAUUCGGCGUUGUCAUCCGUUUGCUUGGCAUCGCUCGGACGUAUGCGUUUUACUUAGGCAGGGGCCAUCGGGGAGCAUCCUGGAUCCUCAGAGGAUUAGCCUCUUGCGAAGAGGAUCGCCCUCUUCCUCUGAGGAUCAUCCUCUUGCCUCCUCGGAGCGCGUGGUUCUUCGCAAGAGGACCAGCCUCUAGAGAAGACGCACACGCGCGAAACCGACAGGUGCCCGGGGAAGGGACGUCCGAACGAUGGCGAGCGGAAGGACUCGUUUCAAAGACUUUCAAGCUGCGUCGCCCUCCGAGGGCGCGGGGCUGGGGGCACGGCGAGGGCCGAGACCCCCCCACAGCCCCUCAGGGGAGAGGGCCCGCGGCAGGUCCUCGCGCCGUCCCGGCGCGGCGCCGGCUCGGGCGCGGGCCGUUCUCGACCCCUUCUACAGUGGAGGCCCAGGCCGAGGAGCACCCCGCUUGCCUCCAGGGUGCCCUUGGGUUUGCCUUAGGUUUCGCCGGUGCUGCCAUGGAGAGCGGGACGCUCCCACGCCACCACUCGGGAAACGCCCUGGGUUCAACGUUCGUCGCAGGGUGUCCGUUUGUGGCGUAUGUAACUUUGGCCACUGGUGAGGCCUGGGAAUGUCGAGAACCACGGACGCAGCCUCCCGGACCGCGCCGUUGCGGCGGGGACCUUCCUGGCAUGUAGACGGCGUGGGCAGGCUGCCCUACGGGGGCGCGCGCGGGCGCUUCUACUCUCGAGGUGCCCUCCGUCGGCGCGGCUCUCGUGGGCGUUGUCGAGGGACGCGGGCCCUGCGACUCUGAAAGUGGAGGGCGGGAGCGCGCGGCGAUGGUCUCGAUGGAGC